UACAGUUGUUUGUCCUACAGUUGUCUGUCCAACUGCAUUCUACUUUGGAGUACGCACCCAAGACUUUUACUCACCACAAAAGUUGAUGUGACAUUAAAAGUGAGUUGAGUGAGACCUGUAACAGGUCCUGUUGGAACACAGAUCAUCAUCUCUGGUUCAGGCUUUGGCACAGACGCAGUGCUCGUCUCAGUGAAGAUUGAUGCUGUGGGUUGUAAUGUGACAUCCAUCACAGAUACACAGCUGAUGUGCACUGUUGGGGAACACGCAGGAGGAACGUUUCCGGUUAGGUUAGAUCAUCAGGUCAAAGGUCAUGCCUUAUCUCAGUCUGUCUUCAGCUAUGAGCUGCUGCUGAAAGGGGGCACACCAAUUAAAGGAAGCUAUGCUGGAGGAGCUUUUGUUGCCAUUCAAGGUUAUGGAUUUCAUCUGAACUCCACCAUAGUUCUCAACUGUGACAGAAAAUGUAACAUGGACCUGCAGAACUCCACAUCUACUCAACUUUACUGUGAUGUCCCGUACAACAAUGGGAAUGAAACAAACCGGUCUGUAUGGUUUUGGUGA